AGUCCUCAUAUGAAAAAAUUAUAUGGUGACAAGAUUCGCAAAGAAGCUGGUGUCAUUAAGACAAUAAAGCGUGCCAAAUUUCUUCAAGGAAAAUUUGGUGAGGAGGUUGUUCAUGAGAUUCAAGCGGUUGAACGAAUCGUUAAAGAAGUUGCUGAAAAGAUUAUGAAAGAAACAGCUGAAGUUGCUGGUGUAUUUGUGCAAGCAGGUAAUAAGAGUAAUAAUCUUAAACAUUACUCAAUUACGAUCUCACUUCCGGAAGAUACGGCUAAUUUUUUUCAGCAAGACUCAGAUGAUGAUAAUCGAAAAGCGAAACCAAUAGUAUUUGAGCUUGGAAAACCGAUACAUAUAUCAUGGACAGCACCCAAAAGUCAGUCACACCAAGAUUGGAUUGGAGUAUAUAAGGUCACUUCCAAUGCUUCUCAAGCAGUUACAAACGUUUCAAGUAGAGGACGAUUCGUUUACGUUGGUGAAGCGUGGUUUAAAGGUGACCUUUUACCAUGGGAAGUAGGUACCUACGAGUUUAGGUAUCAUAAUGAUAACAAAUAUAAUGUCAUGGCCAUUUCUCAGCCAUUCGAAAUU